GGCCGAUCGUCCUUCUAGUGUCACACAGGACGCAGAGUGCAUUGGGUGGUGAUCGUGUGUCGUGUUUUGCCGACAAACAACAAAAAUCCAGAAAGAUGUACGCCGCUAAGUUGGUUGCCCCUGCCCUUUCGAGGAGCCUAGCUACGCGCACCGUGCGCCCCGCUACCCAAAUCCUGGCUCAAAGUUCAUCCAACAACCAGAGCCAGACCACACUUGCGCCCGUGUCCUCUGUGUUCGGCACCUUGGCUCCUUUGAGGCCUCUGCACACUUCCAGCCCCGUGAGGGACAUCGACUCAGCUGCCAAGUACAUCGGUGCGGGAGCCGCCACCGUCGGAGUGGCCGGAUCUGGAGCUGGAAUCGGCUCCGUGUUCGGAUCUCUGAUCAUCGGCUACGCCAGGAAUCCAUCUCUUAAGCAACAGCUCUUCUCGUACGCUAUCCUGGGAUUCGCCCUGUCCGAAGCCAUGGGACUUUUCUGUCUUAUGAUGGCCUUCCUGCUGCUGUUCGCUUUUUAGAUUUUAUCCCCUCCAUCGAUACGGUCUUCAGCAUAGAACCGCCGCUCGACGAGCCAUCUCCACCAAGAGCAUCGAGAACUGAAUGGUGUGUGAAUGCUACGAGCACCAAAUGAAAGGGGUUAGGAUGUAUGUAAAAGUUUUAUGAGAAUAAAAACUCAUUAAAGAUCGAACU